ACUUGUGUAGUCAUAGACUGUUGCAAUACUUCGUUGAGGGCUACUUGACAUUUUAGUUGGUUGAAUUACAUCACACUGCAGUUGUGUAUGCAUUAAAGUUCUGAUAGGAGCUUUUUGACAUCUUCUUGAAAAUAUUUGGAUGUGAAUAUUAAAGUAUUAACUCUGGACAGAUGAGUCGACAGUCUGAUGGCUGCUGGAAUAAACGACCUCCUUUAUGUUUCCCCUCGAGCAGUGUGGAGAAAUCAGUCUUCCACUAAAAGGGCUCUUGUGGCUGAUUAGAGUGUUAAUGGAGGGGGUGGGAUGUAUUGUCCAUUAAUUGGCAAUAGUCUGACUAGCAUCCUCUUUUCUGCUGUUGCCUUCAGGGAAUCAAGACUGACUCCAACGACCGCCUGCCAACCUUAUUAGAUUAUUCAAUUCUUCUCUUCCAUAUUAAUGUUUCCUUAUUAAUGCUGCAACCACAGACUGGUAAGACAUGUGCGGAGCGGCUCUGUACAUGCCAAUGGGCCUGAGUGUGCAUUCACGUGUAGCCUGCAUCUGCUGCUAUGGUUUCACAUCCCCUUCAAUGGCAGCUGCUAUCUAGGGGAUCCCGAAGGUGGCUGAAAAGAGGUUUAUUGGCCCUCUUUGUUGUCUUCGUUUUGGUGCCUUUCUCACUGAGAAUACUCCCAGAAUUAAUCCAGCACCUUGUUUACACUCACAGAAUCAGGGUGCCAUUCUUUAUUGACCUCAGCCGACCUGCUGAUCUCUCCCUUAAUCACACCAUCAACAUGUACUUAACAUCAGAGGAAGGAAUCUCCCUUGGUGUUUGGCACACUGUCCCUGAAAGUCAGUGGAAAGAGGCGCAAGGGAAGGACCUGGCAUGGUACCAGAACACUUUAAGCGAUGGAAAUCCAGUUUUCAUAUAUCUUCAUGGGAACACAGGCUCAAGGGCGGCCACUCAUCGGGUGGGAGUGGCAAAAGUAUUGAGUGCACUUGGUUACCAUGUUCUGGUGCCUGACUACAGAGGGUUUGGAGAUUCCACUGGGGAGCCGACUGAGGCCGGUCUGACCACUGAUGCCCUCUACAUAUACAACUGGGUCAAAGCACGCAGUGGAAACAGCCUGGUCGUCGUAUGGGGACACUCUCUUGGAACGGGAGUGACCACUAACACUGCAGUAAAACUGAAUGAGCAAGGUGUGGUUUUUGAUGGUGUGAUCCUGGAGGGUGCAUUCAACAGUGCUCGACAGAAGAUUACAGUUCAUCCUUUUACUUGGUAUUACUGGAAAUUUCCAGGCACUGGGUACCUUUUCCCAGAGCCAUGGGAAGAAAACAAGGUUGUCUUUCCUUCUGAAGAAAAUUUGAAGAAAAUGAGAAGCCCCAUACUUUUCCUUCAUUCAGAGGACGAUCACUUAGUUCCCGUUCCCUUUGUUCAGCAGAUGUAUGAGGUAGCAGUGAGUGCCCAGAAUGCAGAGAGAGUCAAGCUGGUGUUGUUUGACGGUUCUCUGGGGUAUCUGCACAACGGCUUAUAUAGAGACCCCCAUCUGCCCGACAUCAUAAAGAAGUUUGUGCAGUCGCUGUAAAGUGGGAAAGACAACAGAUGACUGAUACGGAAAAACCGUGUUUCAUUUCAAAUGGAGUGCACUGAUUUGUUUUCAAUGUUUGGCUUUGUCUUUACUGCUGCAUAUGCGUUGCAUAAAGAUGUGAUCCAGAAUGUUUGUGUUGAACAUGUGUUAUUUUAAGGACUAACAGCAUCCUUAAAAUAACAGCUGGUGGGUGGUUAAAUUUGUUUUUAAAUCAGUUACGUUUGUUAACUUUAUCAUAUCUGUCAGUGGUAAUUUGUUGUGACUUAACAGAUCCAGAAAUAACAUUUCCAAUUUAAAGAAGUAUCAGGAUGAGACAUCACUACAGCAGGUGCCUUCUACUUGGUGUUGUUGUGUGCUGAUAAUUCUCAUCCAUAAUAAUAGAUAAUCAGUUUGUUAAUCUAAGGGUUCAGAUGUCUAGAUGUCUGUAACAUUACAGACUAACACAAGGAGAACAGCUCUGAAGCGUUUGUCCUCUGACUUUGUCAUCACAUCAAAUUUUUAAAAUUCUUACUUCUGUCUGUUCAGCCAUAGAAUAUAUUGUUCAUUCACAUAAGUUUAAAGAAUCUCAGUUCAUAUGUUUUUGCAGUUCAUCACAAUAAAUAUGACACCCCCUGUCAACCAGCAGUUCAUCAGGUGUCUGUCUUGUAUUUAGUGGUACGUGACAACUUAAUUGUCUCAUUUGAAAAACAUUGGAGGAGAAAUCGACAUUGUAGAGUUAACAUGACACUACUUUAAAGUCCCCCCACAUCCCCUCCCCCAGGUUCUUCUGUGA